GCGGAAUCAUGGUGGACGUAAUAGAACUCCCCAAAGCGCACAUCAAUGCCAGCAUGCUAGCUCAGUUCAUCGACCGGCCCAUGUGCUUCAUGGGGAAGCUGGAAAAGAUUCAUCCCACUGGAAAAAUGUUUAUUCUUUCAGAUGGAGAAGGAAAAACUGGAACCAUUGAGUUGAUGGAACCACUGGAUGAAGAAAUCUCUGGAAUCAUAGAAGUGGUUGGAAAAGUCACAGCCAAGGCAACUAUAAUGUGUUCAUCUUAUGUCCAGUUUAAGAAAGAUUAUAAUUGCUUUGAUCUUGAACUUUACAAUGAAGCUGGGAAAAUUAUCAACGAGUUCCCUCAGUUUUUUCCUUUAGGGCUGAUACAACAUGAAUGAGCUUCUUGAAUUUCU